UGUGUGUGUGUCACUGUGUGUGUGUGUGUUUUAGUGACAUGUUCAUGUUGGGAUGUCCUCUCCGGCCCGCGGGCCUAAAGCUGCUCUGCUGCAGCACGACCAUGGUUUGUGUUGGACGUGGACUCGGUCCGUUUUCAUCAACGGUUUCGGCACAACAGAAGCAUCAGAAGUGGUUCUGGUCAUGAGCACUGCUGUUGCUUGAGAUCAGCUGUGGUAUGAAGCUGACACUGGUGGAGGUCUGAUACAUGAGGUACGCUCUGUACAGAUAAAGUACUGUAAAAUACAAAAAGUAGUACUAUUAAAUACUGUAAAGUACUGCAAAAUACUGUGAAAUACUGUGAAAUACUGCCAGAAGGCCCUGAGCGACACACUGUCACAGUAGCAGUACACAUACUGUCUGUCCAUGCAGGUUAGAGUUCAUCACAGGAAUCUAACGGUAUCCUCUCACAGUAAUCAGAUUACCUCUGACAGCAGAGUAUUUCCUCUGAUGAACAAAUAAAAACCUUUUGUUGAAAUUAUAUUUCAAAGACCCAGACUGAGUCCAGCUGGUUCUGGUCCAUCUGACAGGUCCCACAGUGACGCACAUGGACCGUCUGAGCCGAGCCCAGCAGAACCCCUCGUGGUGUUUGACCCGACUUCCAACUUUAAGGUGUGAUUGAUGCCGUCUCACCUGUGCAGGUGGAUACUCUUUGAGGUCAUCAUGGUGUUUCCUUGACGACGACCCUGCUGUGCACCUGGACCCUAUUAAGCAGGACUCCUGUGGUUACUGCUGAUUCUGCGCUCUGAUUGGUCGCCUUUCAGCCAUCAACAUGCAGUUGACCUAUCAGAAGCUGGCAGCUCAGCUGAGGCGGAGCUCCAGACUCAGAAAGCUCCCGGCUUUGCUGCUCGCUGCCUACGCCAUCAAAAAACUAUCGCCGUACGUCUGGAGGAGGCUACAGAGGAGUGCAGCAGGUAAACAGCUGGGCGGCGCUCAUCUACCUGUGGGCGUGGUCAGCUGCUCUGAUGGCAGAGCCGAGGAGGAGAAGAUAAACAAGAGGGCCAGCAGGUCUCCAUCAGUCAACCGGGAGUUCGUCCUCAAACUGUCUCGUCUCCUGAAGCUCUUGUUUCCACGGUUACUGAGUCCAGAGAUCGGUCUGCUGGUUCUGCACUCUCUGACCCUGAUGUCCAGAACCUUCCUGUCCAUCUAUGUGGCGGCGCUGGACGGUGUGAUCGUGCGGUGCAUCGUGCAGAAGGACGCUAAAGCCUUUGUGCUGCAGCUCUCUAAGUGGCUCCUCGUCGCAAUUCCUGCAACUUUUAUCAACAGCGCCAUCAGAUUCCUAGAGGGUCAGCUGACUCUCAGCUUCAGGAGCCGAUUGGUCAGCCACGCCUACCAGCUGUACUUCACCAACCAGACUUACUACCGUGUCAGCAACAUGGACGGCCGCCUGUCCAAUCCCGACCAAUCUCUCACCGAGGACAUUGUCAUGUUUUCGGCCUCCAUCGCUCACCUGUACUCCAACCUGACCAAACCCAUCCUGGACGUGAUCGUCACCUGCUACACACUGCUGCGCACCGCACAAUCCAAAGGAGCGAACACUACGUGGCCGGCUGUCAUUGCCGGCCUGGUGGUGGCGCUCACCGCUAAAAUCCUGCGUUCCUGUUCGCCUCACUUCGGGAAGCUGGUGGCCGAGGAGGCGAAGAGGAAAGGAGACCUGCGAUACAUGCACUCACGCAUCAUCACCAACUCCGAAGAGAUUGCAUUCUACGGUGGACAUAAGGUGGAGAUGGCCCAGCUGCAGCGGAGCUACAUGUCUCUGUCCUCUCAGAUACAUCAGAUCCUGCUGAAGCGUCUCUGGUACGUCAUGUUGGAACAGUUCCUCAUGAAGUACCUGUGGAGUGCCUCUGGCCUGGUGAUGGUCGCCGUGCCCAUCAUCACCGCCACUGGAUACUCUAAAUACGACUCGGAGGAGGUGAAGCAGGCGGCGCUAGUGAUGAAGGAGGAGGAGCUGGUGAGUGAACGGACGCAGACCUUCACGAUAGCCAGGAACCUCCUCAACGCUGCCGCUGACGCUGUGGAGAGAAUCAUGAGCUCCUACAAAGAGGUGACGGAGCUGGCAGGUUACACCGCCCGGGUCUCUGAGAUGCUGGACGUGUUUGAGGAUGUGAACCGAGGAAUCUACCGCCGCUCCGUGGAUCAAGGGGAGGAGCCAACAGCUGCAGGAGGAGAAGUUGAACAUGGUCAGAGAGUCUGUGGUCCGCUGGACAUCAGAGGUCAGGUGGUCAGUGUGGAGAACGGGAUUCGCUGUGAGAACCUGCCAAUCAUCACACCAAGCGGAGAUGUGGUGGUUUCCCGCCUUAACAUCCAGGUGGAGGACGGGAUGAACGUGUUGAUCACAGGUCCAAACGGUUGUGGAAAAAGUUCUCUGUUCAGGAUCCUCAGUGGACUGUGGCCCGUUUAUGGAGGAGUUCUGUACCGACCGGAACCACAGCACAUGUUCUACAUCCCACAGAGGCCCUACCUGUCUGAGGGAACCCUCAGAGACCAGGUGAUCUAUCCGGACUCUGUGGACGAGAUGGCUGAGAAAGGAGUCACCGACUCUGUCCUGCAGGAGAUCCUGCGUACCGUCCACCUGCUCUACAUCCUGGACCGAGAGGGAGGUCAGGGCUGCAAGUAGUACUGUAGUAGUCCUGCUGUAAGACAGAAGUAGCUUCUGUGUUUGUGUGUUCACUUCAAUUCA